AUGGGACUAAAUCCGUUGACGUGGAAAUUGCGCUCGGUCGUUUAUAUUUUGUUAAUGGUUUUAUUUUAUGUACUUUUUAUUCAUAAAAAAGUUUAUCAUGUAGCCGUUGAGGUUACCAUACCAAAUACUAUACCAGAAUAUGUAUGGGAAUUCGUAGCUGAUUUUAGUAAUAUGAAAACUUUAAAUCCAACUCUAGAGGAAUUUCUUAUUAUUGAUGAAACUGGAAAUCUCGAUCAUUGGAAGUAUACUGUUCGUUACAAGGAGCAUUUAAGUCAAAUUCCAUCAAUUCACAAUUCAGCUAUCGCGCAUUUUUCAGUAAAACGUGACGGCGACGCAUACUUGAUUGAUUCUGAUCACCAAACAUGUUUUUUUGAAAAAAAUGCCUGUUUCAAUACUAAAUCUUCAUUUAAAUUUUUAAAAGAUGGAACAAGUACUAGAGGUAUUGAAAGCAUCGAUUAUGAAUGCCCUAUGAUUUUUUCGUCUUUUUGUCACAAUGAAGUCAUGUAUCAACGUAAUGAAAUAAUGAAUGGUUUGCAAAGUCACUUUCAGAAGUUCCAUAAUAUUCAAACUCAAGAACAUUAUUAA